AUGUUUUUGACGCAGAUUGACGUGACCUUUCAUGGGGUCGCCUAUCUGCUCACUGUGUCCACCAUUGAAAGUGAAACCCUCUGCUUGGAGGUGGAACAGAAGUCAGACUGCUCGCGAUGGCGGGGGGAUUUCACAUCUCGAUAUAUCGAAGACAUUACGGCGAAGACAGGGAACUUCAAGAAAUUCCCAGUGUUCGUUAAGAUGUUGCUGUCAGCACUGAAGCAGGCGUCGGACAGCGUGUUCGUGGAUUUGCUCACAUACCAAGAUUUGGAGGUGUUAAAGAGCCGGAAAGCCGGCAAUCAGGCGCCUCCGCCGCGGACGCAGGCACCGAACAACAAGCGGUACCUCAUUAUGACGUACGCAGCCGAGUUCGACCGGGUGCAUUACCCCUUGCCUCUCCUCUACGAAGAAAACCCCGACCCGCAGCACCUGAAGCGUGUUAUUAGUCAGUUACGGGCUGAGGUGGAGGCCCUCCAAAGUGAGGCUGGAAACCGCCGUGGCAGCGAGGCGUCUGCAGAGUUGCGUAGGCUUCGCGAGGAGAACACAGGUCUUAAGCACCAACUUAAGCAAAUGGAGCGUGUGGGCUCACCUGGGGCAGGGCAGGACCAAUCAGCAGACGCGCGGGAGCUCUCUCGUGAUCUAAAGACGGCACGCAAGGAGCGGGACUUGCUGCAGGCGCGCCUGGAAGCAGCGGAGGCUGAGCUGGAACGGGAGCGGGGAGUGCACCGGCGGGAGCUGCGGCGGCGAGCAAAAGAGCAACAGGAGCUCAUCGAGGAGCUGGGUCGAUGUAAGGAGGUGAUUCGGGAGCUGAAGAUGCGGGUUCGGCAAUUAACGGAGGACACGGAGAUGCGAGACCGCCGCUUAGCUUCAGCUGACAGAAUGAGAUCAGUCUACGCACGGGGCGCGGGAGAACCCUCUGGUAGUGCACGGCCUGGCAGCCGGACAAGUUCCGCAGGACGAGGGACCAGCCCGAGCUACGGGGCGCCGACUCGUGGAGCUGAUAGCAGGAGUCACAGCCGCGGCCGGCCGACGUCGAGCGCGGAGCGCUCCCGGCCAAACUCGGCGCCGGUGGUUGCGCGGCCAAGGUUUGACCCCACGGAAUAUGUCCGACAACGGAAAGAAAGGGAGGCAAAUCAUGGGGGCCGCCGCAGCAAUGCACCGACGCCACCUCGCUCUGGUCAGUCAUCCCGUGCUCCGUCUGUAGCAGGGAGCCGGCCUGAAAGCGCUGAGCGACUGCCGGCUCUUCGCAACCCGUCACCUGGCUCAAGCAGACCUAACAGUGGCGAGCGCUUCCGACAUGGCGGAAGCGCGAGUACGGGACCACCUGGCUACAGCGGUGCAGGUGGCAGCCGCGGUGCGGCGGAUAGGGCAGGUUCACGCUUGCCUGACUCCUACGGGGCGCAACGGUCACGUGGAGCAUCGCCGAGUGGGCGCGUUACAAAUGCAUGGGCCGAGCCUGCGCCUGGAAGCGGCGGGGCUGGCUGGUCAAAGUUCCCAGGCGGUGGGGGAGGGGCAGGCGGCGGGAACCGCUUUGCUGGCAACUCGCCUCGCUCUAUGUCACCUGGCAGAGCCCUGAUGGAGGUCAAGCAAAAGCUCAGCACCUUUGUGUCCGGGCGACCUCCUGGCACUGCUGCCGAUGACGCGAGCAGCGCUCAGGGAGACCACGUGAGCCAAUCGUCCAAGUCCCAGGUGUUUGAGGACGCCAGCGCAGAGAUUGCGGACAUAGACUCGCGUCUGCAUGCGUUGCAAAGCUUCUUGCGCAUGGCCAAGUCGUCCAGCACCAGUACGACCACAACUACGACCGCCCAGGCGUAGCAGUGUAUAUAUGUGUAUUGUAGAAGCCCUUGUGGGUGCAUCAAUCUGGGCCGGGAUGCCUGGAGCAGGCCGUGCGACUAGCUACCGGAGAAUCACGGGAGAUCUCUUGCACGGGCGACUGUGAUCCACCAUGUAAGCGUUGAACUUCAGCUAGCCGUGCAUUUUAUGCUUGGGUGUGGGCGCUCAAGCCAACCGACCAAAGGGUUAUUGGCGUCCAUUAGUGCCUUACCGACACAUUCGAGCAGGAUGUACUAAACGAACCGCGAACAAACCGCGCCUCAUGCACUGUGUGCGUGAUGGGUUUAUCCUUACGCAUCUGCAUGACAGCUGGCGGACCCAACCAUUGACUGUAAACAACGAUCCCAAUG